GAUGUCCAAGGACCUGCUGCCCGGGCCGUACCCCCGGACUCCGGAGGAGCGGGCAGCUGCCGCAAAGAAGUACAACAUGCGGGUGGAAGACUACGAGCCCUACCCCGACGACGGCUUUGGGUAUGGUGACUAUCCCAAGCUCCCUAAUAAGUCUCUUCAUGAGAGAGACCCCUGGUACCAGUGGGACCAGCAGGACAUGAGGCACAACUGGGGAGAGCCGAUGCACUGGGACUUCGAUAUGUAUAUUCGGAACCGUGUUGAUACAUCCCCCACUCCAGUUCCCUGGCACACCAUGCGCAAACACUUCCUUAUCUUUUUGGGUACCAUGCUGACCAUGUUUGCUCUUGGAGAGAUCUGUCCGUCUUACAGGCCUGUGGGACCGAAGCAGUAUCCCUUCAAUGACCUGUAUCUGGAGAGAGGAGGAGACCCUAAUAAAGAGCCACCAGUGGUGACGCACUAUGAAAUCUGAAAGUUGCUGAAGUGCUGUAUUUCUCCUGUGUUAGCUCUGCUGGGGAUGGCAUCUUCUCUUGUGUUCACAGUCGCAUAUGUUAACACUUGUUCUUCCAUGUUCGAUCACUAACUGCAGUGAAAUAUAUCAAUGAUACCUGUU